AAGUAGAUAGUGUUGUUUAUAGAAUUUCGGAAACAUUUUUCAUCGCUCAUGAAAAUUAGAUUGAAUUUCGAUUCAAGAUAUUCUACCGAUAAGAAUUAUUUUGUAUGUAAACUAAAAGCAAAACAAGUUAAAAAACGUGAAAGUAAGAUUCAGUUGGCAAAAUACCAACUAAACUGUUUUACUCGAGCAGAUUUUGGACAAUAAAGAUGGAGUGCUAUUUAUAAGGUUUCCUUUCUUCAAAUAUCUUUUCAACGCUAUAUCCAACGGGAACAUGCUUUUAAGACAGUUUAUUUCGGCGAGUAAUGCCAUCGAAGAGAUCUAUAUCGUUAAGCGAGAGAAUGAAAGCGACAAUGAGGAGAACCCUCCGGUGGAUAAGCUACUGCCGGAAAACAGUGCCGUGCCUAUUUCGAUGACAGUGGAUGUAUCCAACGACGAGUACCUCACACUAGCGGUUGAGAUAAAAAGUGAACCGGAAGACGAACAGAAUGACGACAAUAAAGAGCUUGAAACUAAGGUUGUGAAUACUGAUGAACCGCGUUUGGCUGCUACCGAUGAUUUGAAACGAAUAGUCGAAGAGAAAUCAGAAGUUAAGAGCGAGGAGGAUGACGAUGAUGUACCAUUGGCUGUGCGAAUAAGGAAAGCUAAGCAUGCAAGCGCAGAGAGAAACAGAAACCUCAGGAAGGUCCCCGAGGACAAGAGAUGCGACAAUUCUGACUCCGAUAACGCGAACGAUGAUGACUGCGAUGAUAGCGAUGAUGAGAAACAACAACGGCAGGAUCCUAAUUGUAACAUUUGUGAUAUAAAGUUUCAUACGAAGCACGAACUUAAGGGUCAUUUGCGAAGGAAGCAUACGGACAUGUUGCCGUUCGAAUGUGAUAAAUGUGCCUCGGGUAAGCUGAAAAGCGUUUGCUCACUAAAUAAACAUUUCGCGAUGCACGACCGAACCAAACCUCACAAAUGCUAUUAUUGCGAAGCGAGAUUUUCUUCACGAAUACACAGAACCGCGCAUCAAAGAAAAUUGCACAAGGAAGACGUGGAAAACGAUUCGAUCAGGAAUGCCAAUCGGCGCUUUGUUUGCCGGUAUUGUAACAAACGAUUCGCAGCCAAAUUUAAUCUGGAACGUCACGAGCGAAACCAUGAAAUGAAGAUUACCGACGAUGAAUCUUUCCUAAAUCGACGAAACAAGUGCUAUCUCUGUGCGAUGAAACCUUUUGAGUCGAAGGAUGCCCUCAUUGAGCAUCUUAGUAUUCACGUGGACAAAUUGCCGUACACGUGUAGGAAGUGCGAACAGCCGGUAGUUAUUACAUCUGUUCGUUUGUUGAACAAACACUUGGCCUCGCACGAGGAACCCGAGAAGCCUAUCAAAUGUGUCUAUUGCAGUGAAAGAUUCAUUUCGGUUGUUGCCUGCCAGGCCCACGAGAGAACUCAUGUUCAGGAAAAGGAAGCAGAUGAAGUAGCGGUUGCAAAGAUUGAAAGUGAAAGGAUCUCUGCUAAGAUCAUUAUCGUAGAUGGAAUGAAACGAUACGAGUGUGGCUAUUGUGGAAAUUCGUACUCUCUGCUGAGUACUCUUCGGAGACAUGAAAACAUUCACACAGGGAAAGUUCAAUAUAUCUGUAAGGUGUGUGGGAAAAUAUUCAGCAAAUCAUCCUGCUUGCUUCAGCACGAGAGAACACAUUCCAGGAAUGCACCUUACAAGUGUGAAAUAUGCGGAAGAGGUUUCAAAGAAACAAUAAGACUUAUCGAGCACCGAAGGAUUCAUAGCGGCGAACGUCCAUUCACAUGCGAAAUCUGUUUCAAAUCAUUCAGGAUUAAACCGUUGCUAAAGGAGCAUAGUCUACAGUGUACUGCACCGGAUAUCAGUAUGGAGAGCAAGUGUCGAUUCUGUCCGAAGGUUUUCAGCUGUUUCCGAGAACUUUCAGGGCAUAUCACUAGCGUCCACCCGACGACAAUCGAGGAAACGCAAUGUGAAUUUUGUGACUUGCGGUUCAAAGACGCAAUCCAACUGGCGGAACAUGAAAACUACCAUCGUAAUCCAAAUUCAAUCAAGUGCGAGGUUUGUGGGAGGGUCUUCAAACAGCUUUCGAACCUACGUCGCCAUCAGCGGUUACAUAGCAAUGACGCCGUUCCCUUUCAGUGUGAUCUUUGCGGGAAAAGUUUCUCGCAAGCUGGAGCGCUGAAGGUGCAUAAACGAAUUCAUUCAGGUGAGAAGCCAUAUAAGUGUGAGUUGUGUGAGCAGACCUUCUACCACAGCUCGACGAUGAACCGUCACAAACGUUCUCACUACAAGGCCAAAAGUAAACUGUUCUUGUUCGGAGAAACGAAUCGCGCUUCGAACACAACCGUUCUUCAGCUCGAUGCUAAAUCCAUGGUCACGUCCAUUGCGACGAUUCCAGCAAUUGCUUUCGUCCAACAGCAGCAGCAGCCUAGCCAGAAUGGACAGAAGCAGUCGUGCGAAUCUGGAGCCAUGCUCAGUCUGGAAGCAGCAUCAAUUCCAGUUUCUGUAGAGUCCCACAGUUUGCUAGCUACACAAGUGCCUAAUGCCAUCCAGAACCAAGCAUCACAGCAAAUUUCCUUCGCUAGUUUUGGAAUCGCCGCAGCAGGCGCACUUCAUGAGAGUGCUUCGGCUACUCUCGAGGAUGGAACGCCUCUUUACGUACUAGAUACGAAAUUGUUGAUUCCGCAGACAAUUAUGCAGAAUCAAGAGGACGGUUCAGCUGGUAGUCUGGAUUUGGAGACAUCGAUCGAGGCCAGAUUAGGGCAGCAGUGAUAAAUUCGAAUGGUUGUGUGGUCUGACCGGCAUUGUGUUUAUGUGUUUGAUACGGAAUUAUAGGGUAU